GAGGAGUUCUGCCAAAACUUUGAAGAUCCCUAUAAACUUUGGAAAUUACCCAUCUUUUGGAGACAACUUUAUCAAAAGAUAUUGUGGGUUACAAUACAAGAGAAGUGUUUAGAGCCUGGAAGCUUGUUUAUGUUUGGUGUUAACUCUACGGACACACGUUCAAGCUAGAAGAAAAGGAAUACAGGAACCCUCUUAUUAUCUUUUGAAAGAUGAAGAUCAGAGGAAAUGCUGGGUUUAAAGUGUGGAGUAAUGGUCCUAAAAGCUGGUCUAUAAAUUAGAUGGCACCCUGCCUCUAUAAAAGAUUGAGGAGUAGAGCUGAUUUUCAGUCAUAUUGUGGACUUCAUGAAUUGUUAGUUUUGCCUUUAAAACUGGACAUAGAUCUCACCCACAAGAACAGAGCAGACUGUGGAGCAGAGGACCCAAUACAAAUGUUUCCUCCAUGCAUGGAUUAAUGCAAGAUUUGGAAGCCAAAUUUGAGAUUAAAAUUGCACUGGUAAACAAUGGACAGCAAUAAAGAUGAUGGACUAUUGAAUGGGAUGUUAUUCUCAGGAGCUAUGUCCAUGGGAAAUAACCAUGUGAAUCCUCAUGGGUUACCACUAAGAGAGCCUUUUGGUGUUCCCUUUCAUUUCGAUCCAACUUAUUGGGACCAAGCCUACCGUGGUUAUUCAGGUAGAUUUUCCUACAUCCCUUUCUCUGGAUAUGUAGGAGUCUAUGACUAUUCUUUUGAGCCUGCCUUCAUUCGAAAGAGAAAUGAGAGAGAGAGGCAAAGAGUGCGUUGUGUGAAUGAGGGAUAUGCACGCCUCCGAGAACAUCUUCCCAAGGAGCUUGCAGACAAACGCCUCAGCAAAGUAGAGACCCUAAGAGCCACAAUAAAUUACAUUAAACACCUUCAGAGUUUGCUGGAUUGUCAGCCAUUAGGGUCUACCACUAAGGAAACAAUAUCUGCUAAGGAGGCUACAGAUGCUUCCAGUCCUGAUCUAAGAAGGGAAUGCAACAGUGAUGGAGAGUCUAAAACCUCUUUAUCUUCAUCUCCAUACAGUGAGUUUGAGGAGACUUGCAUCUAGGAAACAUCAUCUUCAGAAACAUAUGCCUUCAAGACCAAUCAAAAACUCUGUUAUGGUAUCUAAAUCCACAUGAUUUUUCUAUAGGUAAAAAUGUAUCCUACGAAAGA